UUCUCAGUUUUCCUCACUUGUCAGAACCCCUAUACGUCUCUAUCUCUUACUCAUCCCUUCGUCCCACAACCAUCAUGCUUCAGAAACUAGCCUCCUCCUCAUUUCAUACUUGGCCAUGGUGGUGGCAACCCAGCAAUGGCAACGACGGGCUCGGGCGCUUCCUGCUCUCCUCCGCCCUCAUCGCACUCUUCUUGUGGUGGGUUGUUCACAGAAAAUCAAGAACUCGCCGUCAGCCGCCGUUGCCACCAGGGCCAUUUGGCCUUCCCCUUGUCGGAAACCUCCCCUUCCUGGACCCUGAGCUGCACAAGUAUUUUGCAAAGCUUGCUCGGGACUACGGUCCAAUCCUCAGCCUGCGGCUAGGGAUGAAGCUUGGCAUUGUGGUCAGUUCCCCUUCCUUAGCUCGUGAAAUCCUCAAGGACCAAGAUGUCACCUUCGCCAAUCGCGAUGUCCUUGCCGCCGCGAAAGAGGCCUCGUACGGCGGUUCCGACAUAGCUUGGAGUCCCUACGGACCAGAAUGGCGGAUGCUGAGGAAGGUCUGCGUGCGGGAGCUGCUCGGCAACGCAUCCUUGGACGCUGUCUACGCACUCCGCCGGCGGGAGCUCCGGCGGACAGUCAAUUACUUGUACGGGCGGGUCGGGUCACCCGUCAAUGUCGGCGAGCAGAUGUUCUUGAAUUUGCUGAACGUCAUGACGAGCAUGCUAUGGGGGGCGACGGUGAAGGGGGAGGACGGGGCCGAGUUCCGGCAGGUGGUGGCGAAUAUAACUGGUCUGAUGGGGAAGCCCAACGUGUCGGACUUCUUCCCGGGUUUGGCACGGUUUGACUUGCAGGGCAUCCAGAAGCAGCAGAAGGGGCUGGUGGCGAGGUUUGAUAGGAUGUUUGACGCCAUAAUCGACCGACGGCUGAAAAUGAAAGACGAUGGUGAUGAUGGAAAGGAGAGCAAAGACUUUCUGCAACUGUUGCUGAAGCUGGAACACGAAGGGGUGUCACCGGCCGGAGAUGCCAAAACGCCUUUUACCAUGACACACGUCAAGGCCUUGUUAAUGGACAUGGUCGUGGGAGGCACAGAUACAACCUCCAGCACAACUGAGUUUGCCAUGGCCGAGAUGAUGAAAAAUCCAGAGAUCAUGAGGAAAGCUCAUCAAGAACUAGAUGCAAUGGUUGGUAGAAACAACAUUGUCGAAGACUCUCACAUUCACAACUUACCAUACUUGUAUGCAGUGAUGAAAGAAGCUUUGCGGCUACACCCUGCUCUGCCGUUGCUGGUGCCUCACUGCCCCAGCCAAUCUUGCGUCGUCGGCGGCUACAACAUUCCCAAAGGCGCCCGAGUCUUCUUUAACGUGUGGGCGAUCCACAGGGACCCGUCAAUUUGGGAAAACCCGCUUGAGUUUGAUCCCGAGAGGUUUUUGGAUUCCAAGUUCGACCGUCAUGUUGGCAAUGACUUCAACUAUUUCCCCUUCGGGUCGGGCCGGAGGAAGUGCGCCGGGAUUGCCAUGGCUGAGAGGAUGUUCAUGCUUUCAUUGGCAACGCUUGUGCAUUCUUUUGAGUGGAAGCUGCCGGAAGGAGAGGAGAUGGAGAUGUCUGAGAAGUUCGGAAUUGUGUUGAAGAAGAAGACUCCGCUUGUUGCAAUUCCAACGCCAAGGCUGUCUGAUCCAGCACUUUAUGAUGAGUAAGAAAAUGGAACGAGCUAGCCUUUUUGCUACGACCAUGGUGGGACGGCUAACAGAAUCAAAGAGAAAGGGGAUUGUUAAUCGGGGAUAUUAAAAUAAUGAUAAUUAUGGAGAAUAAGUAUAAAAACUUAAAAUUAAAAUAAAUAAAUUUUGUAAAAAAUCUUUAAGUUGUACAAGGCUUAAAACAUAAUAUAAAUCGCUUUUCUAAGAGCGAAAUUUGUCCUUC